CUUACCCGACCUCUUCUUUAUGACGUCUUGACACGUUCUAACAAUGUCAUGUAACUUUGGCCCUUGCUCCUAAACAGAGAUCAUAACAUUUGAAUCAACUACCAGCUACAGUAGUCUUAUUAUACAUGUGCAUUGUUGUUGUAACCAUAUACGUUUAACUACAGCACAAACCACAUACAGCUUUAGUGUAUGUGUACGAUUAGUUGGUCUUAUCCAGUCACUGCAAUGCACACACUCACACACACACACACACACACACACACACACACACACACACACACACAUAGGGAGAGGGCAAGAAGCAAAAGAAAAAAAAUUAUGAGAAAAAUGAGAUACGUACAGAAGGGGAGGGGAAAAGGACAUAGCACAGACAGAGAGAGAGAGAGAGAGGAUUAUUUACCGUUUUAAACGAAUAAAUCUGUAUUGUGUGAAUCUGGCACAGGGAGGGAGGGCAGAGAGAGAGAGAGAGAGAGAGAGAGAAAGAGAGAGAGGGGUGGGGGGGUUGUUUAUAGCAACAGCAGACCAGCAAAGAAGAGCGAGAGAGACACAAAAAAAAACAUAUAACUGUUUAUUCGAAAAUAUUUUAUUUUUUAUAGUUAGUUCUCUUUUGUUGUGAAGUAUUUUUGAAGCAGUGAUGCGGCUCUGAGCAGGGACGGAGGCAGCAACCUGCUUCAAACCGGCCUCGAGGAAAAGAUGUAACUGCUGAAACAGACAGGUGUGCGGUGAUGGCGGGUGUCAGCUCGGGAAGAAGAAGAGUUAGUAUUCUGCUGCUCUAUUGGAUUUUCAUAGAAGUCCCUCCAUCUCUCCUGCAGCCUCCUCUCCCUCUCUCCCUGCCAGUCCACAUGUCAGUUGUCCCUCCACCCUGGCAGUUCCUCCCUCUGUCUCAGGCUGAGCUGGGCCCUCUUUUCUCCAACUCCAGCCCCUUCUCCUUCUCCCAGAGUCUGUUCAUGGUGCCCCCGCCCGACCAGGCCCCCAGACCAGGUCUCCAGGCUUCAUUUGGCCCUUACUCAGUUACACAGCUCAUAUCAGAGCACCUCCUCCCUCUCUCCCCCCUUCUGUCCGCCUCCCUCCUCUCAGAGUAUGUGGAGAGAGAGAGGGAUGAGGGCAGGCAUGCGAGGUUCAGGGUGAGGGCGCUGUUCCACACACGGGGCGACACCAGCACCCGAGGGAUCUGCAUCACCCUGCACGCCUUCAAGGAGACUGAGGAGCACAAGGCCUCCUGUAUCACACAGCCUCCUCUAGGACUAUGCGUGGUAACUCUGACACUGCCCAGUGACUGGUUUGAGGAUCAACAUAUCAACCAAUCAAAUCAGGAUUUGGAAAAGUGGCACAGUAACAUCCACCCUCGUCACCGGCUGCAGAGGCGAGAACGGCAAAGGAGGGGACAUCCUCACGGCAACUUUGUCAACCGCCAGCAUACCACUUCUCCUUCACUCAGAUACCAUCUAGGUGUUGAUGGGGACACCCAGGAGGAAGUUCCAUGGGCCUUCAGACACCAACGGGUUCCCAGGAGAAACCAAAUACAGCUUUACUACUCCUCCUCCGACACAGUGGCUGACCUAAACCUGACACCACCAGGAUGUGUGGAGGACAAAGCAGCUCAGUCCCAGAGGCAGCUUGUCCAUAUCAAAGCAGUGACACUGAAGGAGGAGGAGGAGAAUGAAGAGAGGGAGCAGAGCAGGACCAAAGAAGAAGAAACCUGUUUGAAUGGGCAGCAAGAGGAGGAGCUUAGCUUGGACCCCCAUGUCAUGAUUCGCUAUCACAUGGGCCCGGUCCUGAUAGGACAGCCAAUCAGAGUCUCUGUGAAUCUGAGAGCCAACUUCAGUGCUGAGUUUGUUAUUAUAAGGCUGAAGGUAAAGAAGGGCUUGGUGUCGAUGGUGGCCCAGAGAACUCUGACCUCUGACCUGUGGGCAGUGACCCUGGAGAGAAACCAAGGCUCCAAACACGACGUGGUGUCCAUCCUCUGCCACAAACACAGCACACUCAAGCACACACACAAUCCCACUUUACUCCAGCAGGUUGUGUGUCUGUCAGUCGACGGCCUGAGGCAGAGCUUUGGUGUUGCCAUGACGGUGUCUGCUAACUGGUGGGUGGAGUACUCCGGGCGUAAUAACCACCUAUCGCCACAUGGAGCAGCAGUGAGCAUCUUCUCAUUUGCUGAUCGACCCAUCUUUAGCAUCGCUCCCAUCACAGAGACUAACACGAUCAUCAACACAGCCAUACUGACCAACCAGCCGGUGUCACUUCCAGUCAUUGUGCUGGCCAUAAACCGUGAUGGGACGGUGUCAGACGUCACCUCUGCAGUCAAGUGCCACUCUACCAACGAGAACACUGUCAAGGUGUCCAGCGAUUGCUCAACGGUCUUUGUGGAUGGCAGUGAAUCAGGGUUGGGUAACACCUGUGCAGUCGUGGAGUUUCUUCUAGGUGCGCUCCGUGGCUCUGUGUGUGUGGAGGUGUGGGCUCCUUCAGUGCCCCUGCGAGUGUCCUUGGCAGACCCCGUACUCAAUGCUAUUGAUGGCUGGAACCACUUCACAAAGGAAGGGUGUGUACCGGUGUAUCAGCGCUCCUCAGUCCAGGUUCUGACUCAGUUCAGAGCUCAGGAUUCUAAUGGCAGAAUCACGCACCUCCUGGGUUCAUCUGAUUGGUUCGUGGAUGUUACAGAGCUGGUCCGUAACUGGCUGAGAGUAGAGGACCCUCGAGUGGCUUCCCUUGGCACCCAGAACAACCUGAUUGGUUUACAACCAGGACAGACAUCACUCUAUGUCGUCUCUGAGCAGUGGGAUGGUGUGCUGGGCAGAUGUGACAUCACUGUGACCUCUGACCCCGUUACCCCCGGGGACCUGUCGGUGCAGGUGGUCAGCGGCCUCGGCAUGUCAGUCACCGCUAGCCCCACCCACCCGUCCAUUGUCACGACAACAGUAACAGCCUACAACAUCCUGUACAACCAUCACCAGGAGGCUUCCAUCAGCGUCUGGCUCCAGUUCAGUGACGACACCGCCUCCCUCCUCUCCUCCUUCAGCGACCUUCCCUUCUUCCUGCGUCUCUCCUCAUUGGCUGAGACGGUGGUUGUGGUGACGCCCAGCCCCAGCCAACGCAUCUUUGCCCAGGGCGACGGAGGCGGGCCUUUACUGCGUGCAGAACUUCUGGUUUCAACCUGUGCCGUCCAGCCUAUCACCUCCAACUCCAUCAGUGAAGGCAACAGGGACUGGACGGACACCGGAGGAGGAGGCGGGGCAAGGAGGCUGGCGAAAGGAUCUGGUUGGAUAAGAGUCAACCUAGACCUGGGCUUCCUGCAGCCAAUAGGGGAUAAGGAUGAGGAAGGCAAGAAGUUUGAGCUUGACAUUUCAGACACGCUGGUUGAGUCAGACAGCGACAUCUAUGCGUCGAACUUUGACGAGGACGAAAGUGAGAAUGUCAGCAGUGACUACUACGACAAAAUCGAUGGGAGGAGAACUGAUAGAAACUGGAACGAGGUCGGGAACGGAGGGAUGGUCAGUCGGAACAAUCUGGAAAGAGCUGUGCUGAUGCCAAGCCAGGAGGAGGGCGCUUUGUAUUUCUCCCCGAGCCAGGAGAAAGAAGGUGAGAGGAGGAAAGAGGAGGAGGAAGGGCAGGGAGCUCGAGAGCUGGAGGUGGGUUUGGGCGCUGUCCUCUCUCUGGUCUGUCUCUCUGCUGUCCUCUUCCUGGCAAACUGUCUGCCCUGCGCCCUGCAAGACAGGAGGAUGACGACGAUGGAGGAGGAGAGGGAAGGAGAAAUAGAGGGAGGUGCAAAGGAAGAAGAUGAAGAGGCGAGGAAGAAGAAAGAGGAGAAGGAGGACAGGGAGGCACAUGAGAGGAAGAAGACAGAAGGUGAAGACAAGAUACAGCCGCAGCAUGAGGCGAACAAUGAAGAGGAUAUUAAAGAAGUAGAGAUCAUUUGCUGAUAUAUGCACAGGCUGAGCUGAAUUUCAGCUCAAAUCUGUUCUCAGCAGGAACAUGGAGUGAAGUCAUUAUUGUAACAGCUUGUUAUCACUUGUUUAGUAUAAUAUUACACUAGCAGACAAACCACAGCCUCGCUCUCAUAGAGACUUUACAGUUUGUGAUUGCCCUGCUCAACAUUUCUUUGUUUUACCCACAGUGGAACCAUGACUUGUGAUCACUUUUUUGGGGGGCAGUUGGGUAAUUUUGUUGCAUCACUUCAAAUGAUGCAACACUGUGUGAUGUGGCUGCUUUGUGCUGCACUUUAAUCUAUCUGUACAUUUAAUUUCAUGUCUUCAGAUCCAAGCUCAGCAACAGAAAAUGUGUGUAUUGUUGGAUUCUGGGUUACAGCUGAAACAAAACUACUGGCCCAUUUUGCAUCCUGAAUGCAAUUUUUUUUUUUUUAAAUUAGUUGGUUCUUUUCUGUUAUUUGUUUGUGUGACUGUGAGUCUUGGAGCUGCUGUGGUGGUGAAUUGUUUGUCUCAACGAUAAAAGCUUUUAUUUAUUCUAUUUAACGGCGGGUUCACAUAGGGAAUGGAAGGGAAUGUUAAUCAUCCCGCGAGCCGAAGCCUGGCUCUUCCGGCAUAAACUGCGAGCUCCCAGCAAUAUUCCUACUGACACUAUAGAAUACAUUUUUUUUUUAAUCCAAAAUGAUUCUGUAAAAAACAUAGAAUAAAACAAUAUAAGAAAUAAUUAAAAUACUAGAGUUCACUAAACAAAGGGGUUGUUUAUGUAUAUCAUAUAAAGUAUAUUUAUAUGUAUGAAGUACUGACUCCUAUUCUGUUCCUGGGGCAGCACAUUGGUCAGAGGUGAGCUACUUGAAGGCCAGACGCAAUAUGUGUGCUGGAUCAUGGAGAAUUGUACUGGCCAUCUGAAGGGCUCUUUGCUUCUGUUUGGUAACCAGAGACCUUAGAGGGAGACCCGUGAUCUUGGAACAUAUACCUACAACAUUGUGUAAACUCUAAUUAUUGGAUAGUUAGUAAUUGGUACCAACAUAUCGUGAAAGAGUAAUAACACUCUCUAUGAAGCAGUUGUAGAAUGCUAAACACGACUCACCCUAACUAAGUUCAUAUUCCCCAGGAAGUCAUUGCUGGUGCUUUGUAACUAUUUCAUCUGUGUUAUUGUCAAACUGUACCGAAGUACUUAUACUGUUCCACCACUAUACUAAUGGCUGCUUGUGGAAUACUGUAAAUCCUAUUUUGUACUGUUCCUUAGAGAAAAUAAAAAUAUCUUCUUACUCCUA